AUGGCUUCGAUUCCCGCCCCCGCCGAUCCAAAUCUCUCGCCUGUCGAAGCCGCAAAACGCAAAGCAGCCUACCGCGCUGUCGCGGAACACUUUACGUCUGAUAUGAAAUUCGUCGGAAUCGGCUCGGGAAGCACGAUUGUCUACGGCGUCGAAGCAAUCUCCGCACAUCUCAAAGCCAACCCUCCUCCAGCUGGUCACCUCAACUGGUUCGUACCUACUGGCUGGAACAGCAGAAAAGUGAUCGAGGCAGCUGGCCUCACGCCCAUAGCUUUCGAUUCCCUUCCCGCCGAUGCGAUGCUCGAGGUAGCAUUCGACGGCGCAGAUGAAGUCGACGACGAAUUGAACUGUAUCAAAGGAGGUGGAGCCUGUCUCUUCCAAGAGAAACUGGUAGCUUGCAGGAGUAAGGAAUUCAUCUGCAUUGCGGAUUACCGGAAAGACCAAUCGAGGCUUCUGACGAAUUGGCCUACGAUACCGAUUGAAGUCGCUCCGAUCGCGCAUGCGAGCGUAAUACGUGAGCUCAAGGCUCUAGGGUCGCCGAAUCCGGUGCUGAGAGAACACACGCUGGCGAAGACGGGACCCGUGCAGACGGAUCAGAGCUUCUAUAUUAUUGAUGCGCCGUUCAAGCAGCUGCUUACACAGUCGGAUGUCAAGAACGGGAAAGAUGGAAGUGGAAAGAAUGGUGUCUGGGAUGUGGAUACGCUGGCGAGGACGAUCAAGGGUAUCAACGGUGUAUUGGAGGUUGGACUGUUCCAUGGGAUGAACGGAAUAAAGGCACAGGCAUUGGGUCUACAAGGUGGACAGAAGCCCGUGGCAGUGUACUUUGGUCUGCAAGAUGGAGAGGUCUCAGUGAAGACGUUCAGCGAGCUGGAGAACUGA